CGCCGAACGUGUGACGCCUGGGCCGCCGCGGAGCCGGGGAUUAAUGGGAAAAGUUUUGGCAGGAGCUGGAGGGUUCUGCGGAGCCUGCGGGGCGGCGGCGGUGGCGCGGUAGGCAGCUGGGUCAGUCUUGUGUGGUGUUUUGGGCAUGCACGUGGUACUCACACAGUGGCUUCUGCUCACGAACAGAUGAAGACAGAUGCACCAAAGAGGCUGAUGGGAACCACCCUGUAGAAGUCCAUCUUUGUUCAGACCCAGAUGAUGCCAGAGCUAUGACCGGGCCUGCAGGCGUGGUGCCGAGGGGAGAUCAGCCAUGGAGCAGCCACAAGAGGAGGCCCCUGCGGUCCGGGAAGAGGAGGAGAAAGAGGAAGUGGCAGAGGCAGAAGGAGCCCCGGAGCUCAAUGGAGGACCAGAGCAUACACUUCCUUCCAGUAGCUACACAGACCUCUCCCAAAGCUCCUCGCCACCCUCGCUGCUGGACCAGCUACAGAUGGGCUAUGACGGGGCCUCGUGUGGCAGCCUCAACAUGGAGUGCCGGGUGUGUGGGGACAAGGCAUCAGGCUUCCACUAUGGUGUUCAUGCCUGCGAGGGGUGCAAGGGCUUCUUCCGCCGGACGAUCCGCAUGAAGCUAGAAUAUGAGAAAUGUGAGCGGAGCUGCAAGAUUCAGAAGAAGAACCGCAACAAGUGCCAGUACUGCCGCUUCCAGAAAUGCCUGGCGCUGGGCAUGUCACACAACGCCAUCCGCUUUGGCCGAAUGCCAGAGGCUGAGAAGAGAAAACUGGUGGCAGGGCUGACGGCAAGCGAGGGAAGCCAGCACAACCCACAGGUAGCUGAUCUGAAGGCUUUCUCCAAGCACAUCUAUAACGCCUACCUGAAAAACUUCAACAUGACCAAAAAGAAGGCCCGCAGUAUCCUCACCGGCAAAGCCAGCCACACGGCGCCCUUUGUGAUCCACGACAUCGAGACAUUGUGGCAGGCAGAGAAGGGCCUUGUGUGGAAGCAGCUGGUGAAUGGCCUGCCACCCUACAAGGAGAUCAGCGUGCAUGUCUUCUACCGCUGCCAGUGCACCACAGUGGAAACCGUGCGGGAGCUCACUGAGUUUGCCAAGAGCAUCCCCAGCUUCAGCAGCCUCUUCCUCAAUGACCAGGUGACCCUUCUCAAGUAUGGUGUGCACGAGGCCAUCUUUGCCAUGCUAGCUUCCAUUGUCAACAAGGAUGGGCUGCUGGUGGCCAAUGGCAGUGGCUUUGUCACUCGUGAGUUCCUACGAAGCCUUCGCAAGCCCUUCAGUGACAUCAUUGAGCCCAAGUUCGAGUUUGCUGUCAAGUUCAAUGCCCUGGAACUUGAUGACAGUGAUCUGGCCCUGUUCAUCGCGGCCAUAAUUCUAUGUGGAGACCGGCCAGGCCUCAUGAAUGUGCCACAGGUGGAGGCCAUCCAGGACACCAUCCUGCGUGCCCUUGAGUUCCACCUGCAGGCCAACCACCCUGAUGCCCAGUACCUCUUCCCCAAACUGCUGCAGAAGAUGGCUGACCUGCGGCAGCUGGUCACCGAGCAUGCCCAGAUGAUGCAGCGGAUCAAAAAGACAGAGACUGAGACCUCGCUGCACCCCCUGCUCCAGGAGAUCUAUAAGGACAUGUACUGAGAGACAGUGCCCAAGUCUCCCUGCAGGCUCCAGUGGGGCUAGAGUGGGGGGCCCCCCCAUGUGACUUUUCUAUUGAUCAGCCCGCAGGCACAAGACCCGGCCUAGAGCGACAGAAUCACUCACUCAUGCUCAGGCGGCCUCUGGCUCCCUGUGUUCCCUUUCUCCCCCUCCCAUACUCCAACUCUUCCUGUCUUUGUGGUCUCCCUCUUUCUCAGUUCCGCUUUCUCUUCUGAUUUCCCUUGCUCUUUUUCUUCCCUUUUCUAUAGUUUCCUACUUUCUUAUUCCCUUGCCCUCCCUUUCUCUUUUCCCAUCCCACAUCUGUCCCUCUUUCUCAUUCUGUGAGACAUUUGUAUUAUUUCACCAGCAGCAUAGAACAGGACCUCUGCUUUUGUGCACCCUUUCCCCAGAAGCAGAAGGGAGCAGGGCCUGCCAUCUGCCUGUCACUGAACCUGCAGUCUUAGGGCCUCACUCUGUCUCCUGUCUUCAGAGCAAAAGACUUGAGCCAUCCAAAGAAACACUAAGUUCUCUUGGCCUGGUGUCCCAGGGACUGCAGCAACAGCCUGUACUCCGGGAUCCCUGCUGUGAAGGACAGUGAGCAGGGCCUGGGCUGAGAGCUGACACCUCCCCCAGAUUUUCACUGCCCCUCUAAGGCUGCCCCACCCCCCACCUGACCUAACCAGCCCUACUGUAGCAGCACACCCCAGGCCCGCUGACACCCAGCAUCCUUCCGUUCUUCUCACUGGUUUUCCAGGCCAGUGUCACUGAUGGCCCCAUGCGCUGGCCGCUGCAGGGUACUCCCCCAGCCUGGAAGGAGGCCGGGUCCCCUCCAGGUGGGGAGACCCUGCGCCCUCUUGAAGUGGAGCAAGUCUCAAGGGAAGUAGGUAGAGAUUAGUGGUGGAAGAAGCAGCACACUUAAC